UCCGCCCUGUCACCACCUCGCCUCGAGUCCGGGCAUCAUGCGUCGUCUCUUUCCACUCAGCGCGCUCGCGCUCCUCCCUCUGCUGCUGCUCGCCCUCAGCGCGCUCCCUCGCGCCUCCGCCGUGCGCCACAGCGACUUUAAGACGUGUGCCGACUCCUCCUUCUGCCGUCGUCUUCGCCGUCUCUCCUCCCUCCCUCUUCCUCGUCAUUCUCCCUACUCGCUCGGCGACAUUCAGUUUGCCGCCAAUCGUGCAGAGCUGCGUGCGCCCGUGCUCAGUGCGCUACACCCCAACGUCUCGUUCGAACUCGUCCUGCGCUUCCAUCGCGAUGGCACGGCGCGUGUGCAGAUGGACCAGACGGGAGAGCGGCACGCGGGACACCGGCGCUACGAUGAGGCCGAACGAUGGGCGAUUGAUCAACAGCCUGUGCCGGCGGCCGAGGGCACCGUGUUGCUGGAUGAAGAGGACAAUGAGACGCGCGUGACCUUCGGCCCAAUGGGCCGCCUCACUCUCAUCCUCACGCACGCUCCCUUGCGCGCCGUCUUCCUGCGCGACGGCGAGGAGCAAGUGGUGCUCAACGACCAGUCGCUGCUGCACAUGGAGCACUUCCGUCCUCGGCCCGCCGUCUUUCCCACGCCCAAGGCUGAGCCCGCAGCCGACGGCGAAGAAGCGGCCGUGCCGCAACUGGUGCUGCAGAAGAAGCGCGCACUGCUCGAGGCAGGCCAUACAGAGACACACGCCGAGUUCUGGGCCAGCUUCGAGCAGGAGGACGCCGGCGAAUGGCAAGAGACGUGGUCUGGCAAGCCCGACUCCAAGCCCCGUGGCCCCGAAGCGCUCAGUCUCGACAUUUCCUUUCCCAACAAAGCGUUCGCCUUUGGCCUGCCCGAGCAUGCCAGUCCGCUCAAUCUGCGCGACACGCACGGACGCAAGGAGGGCGACUUUAGCGAUCCAUACCGCCUGAUGAACACGGACGUGUUCGAGUACGAGCACGACUCUCCCAUGAGUCUCUACGGCUCCGUUCCCGUCCUGCACGCUCAAGGCGCAAACGGCGCCGCCUCCGUCUUCUGGCUCAACGCAGCAGAGACGUGGAUCGACAUUGAGCGCGUCGAGGGCUCGACGCAGACGCACUUCUUCAGCGAGAGUGGCAUUCUGGAUCUCGUCGUCUUUCUCGCGCCGACGCCGGCGCAGAACAUGGCGCACUUUACGCGCCUCGUCGGACGCACCGUGCUGCCGCAGUACUUUGCCAUGGGCUACCACCAGUCGCGCUGGAACUACCUCACGACGCAGGAUGUGCUGGAUGUGUCGCAUGCGUUUAGCGAGCAGGAUAUUCCGAUGGACGUGAUGUGGCUCGACAUCGAGUAUUCCAAGCAGCACAUGUACAUGAUCUGGGACGAAGUCACCUUCCCCGAUCCUGAGCGCAUGAUCCAAGGUCUCGACGACGAGGGGCGCAAGCUCGUCAUCAUCGUCGACCCGCACUUCAAGCGCACAGACGACUACUUUGUGUACAAGGAAGCCAAGGAGCUAGGCGUGCUCGUAAAGACGCCCGAUGGUAAGGGCGAGUUCGAGGGAUGGUGCUGGAGCGGCUCGGCGAGCUGGAUCGAUGCGUUUGAUCCAAAGAGCUGGGAAUGGUGGGCGAGCCAGUUCCGCCUGGCGAGCAAGAAGCUGCGCGCCAAUGCCCGGAAUGUGCACAUCUGGAACGACAUGCAGGAGCCGUCGAUCUUCAACGGUCCGGAGGUGACGUCGCCCAAAGACGUGAUGCACUACGGGCCCUGGGAGCAUCGCCACCUACACAACAUCAACGGCAUGGUGUUCCAGAACCUCACGGCUCGUGGUCUACGCGAGCGCGAGUCGCCUGCACGUCGUCCUUUCACCCUCGCCCGCUCUUGGUGGGUCGGCACGCAGAAGUACGGCGCGACGUGGACGGGCGACAACCUGGGCACGUGGGAGCAUCUGGCCGUCAGCGUGCCCAUGAUGCUCGCCAACAACGUGGGCGGCAUGAGUUUCUGCGGCGCGGACAUUGGCGGCUUCUUCGGCAAUCCCGAGCCCGACAUGCUGGUGCGCUGGUACCAAGCCGGCAUCUUCGAGCCCUUCUUCCGCGCACACGCCCACAUCGACACCAAGCGACGCGAGCCCUUCCUGCUGGACGAGCCGGAGCGCAGUGCGGUGCGCGAGCUCAUCAAGCUGCGCUACAAGAUGCUGCCCGUGUGGUACGCGGCCUUCAAGGAGAAUGCCGCCAGCGGCCUGCCGAUCCUGCGCCCGCAGUACAUGAUGUUCCCCACCGACGUGGGCGGCUUUGCAGUCGACGAUCAGUACUACCUCGCCGACUCGGGCCUGCUCGUCAAGCCGGCCGUGCAGAAGGACGUGACGUCGGUGGAUGUGUACCUGGGCGAAGAGCAGGUCUACUACAACUACUUCACCCACGAGGCAUACCACGGCGCCAGCGGCGGCAAGCGCGUCUCGGUGCCGGCGCCGCUAACGGGCGAAAUGCCAUUGCUGCAGCGCGGCGGCUCGAUUCUGCCGAUCCGCGAGCGCGUGCGUCGGGCCGCCGAGCUCGGCUGGCGCGAUCCUUUGACGCUCAUUGUGGCGCUCAACAACGAGCUUCGUCGUCCUGUGCGCGCCGAGGGUCUGCUCUACCUCGACGACGGCCAGACGUACGAGUAUGAGCAGGGCGCCUUCAUCUGGCGCAAGUUCCUCUUUGCCUCGAUGCACGACGGCACGCACCUGCUCAGCAGUGCAGACGAGGCUCGGCGUCGUGAACUGACGACAUCCGAGGUCGACGAGUACGCUACAAGUCUGCCGAGCAGCUACAACGCCACCGACAACGCCUUUGCGCGCAGCAUCGCAGACGUGCGCAUCGAGCGCGUCGUCGUGCUGGGCCUCGAGAAGAAGCCGAAGCGCGUGCGCAUUCUGGCCACGGGCGAGGAGCUCUCGUUCAAGUGGACGCCGGGCGCGGCGGCGACGUCAAAGCCCAUGAUCGGAAAGCCGGGCAAGGCUAGCGAGCUCAUCAUCAAGGACCCCGCCGUCAGCGUCAUUCGCGACUGGGCCAUCGAGAUCGAGGAGUAGAAGCAAUGCGUCGACGCUCGCGAGGUGCGACCGGAGCAAUGCAAUCGUUCAAGUCAACUGCGGGCGUGAAGAGGUCGUGGUGUGGUGUGACGGAGCGGAACAGGGCACGCGACGAAGAAAGAGCUACAUGGUGUGUGCGACGUGUCGUUCCGCAUGGGCGGACCAGAGCAUGCGGCGGCGAGGCGAAGAAGGUGACGGGGCGCGAGAAACGAGCCGAGCGAGGCGAAAGUGUACAGAACAAGACGCGGUGACGGGCGUAACGAGGGCAAUGUGAACGGAACGCGAACAGCGCCAAGCAACGGCGAGGCGUGGCGAGAGUGCGGUCGAGCCGGACCGCGCCC